AUGAGUCUAUUGGAUUCUAUAAAAUCAAAGAAAAAAAUAUUAAAAAAAACUGAUACUAUAGUGACUCAACUUGAUGGGAAGGUCUAUAAGGAAACUAAGAACAAUCUUGAAAUAAUAGGCUCAGCAAGUGGAUUUGUAAUUGAUACCAAGCCUGACAAAAUCCCUGCAAAAAUUGUUGACAAUUUAUAUUUAGGUUCACAAGAUUGUUGUGACAUUGAAGUUUUAAAAACCUUCAAUAUUAAAUCCGUUUUAAGUAUAGGCAUAAACGCCCCUGAAAAAUAUCCUAAUAUAAUGUACAAAUUUGUCGAUUGUCUGGACUUACCAGAAACUAACAUUGAUAAUAUAUUAUCAGAAAGUGUACCCUUUAUUCAAAGUUCUAUUGACAAUAACAAAAAUAUAUUGGUUCAUUGUAACGCUGGGGUGAGUAGAUCAACUUCAGUUAUUAUUGGUUUUCUAAUUUUAAACAAGGGCUACACUUAUUCUGAAUCUUAUGACAUCUGCAAAACUGCUCGAGGUUGCAUAAAACCAAAUGAGGGGUUUGAAAAACAAUUAAAAUUAUUACGUAAUUAG